AUGGCACCAUCUCUGGACCACGUUUUUACCAUGCGGAUGUACACAUCUCCCGCAAAAGCCGUUGUGAUUCCGGAAGCCAAAGGCAAGAAUCAUCGCAUCAUCGCCUUCCUGACGCACGGCAAUAUUAAAGGCAGUGGCUUUGAGGCUGAACUCCAACCUGGAGGUGCUGACUGGAUCUUGCGCGACCCAGAAACAAACACUGGACAUCUUGAUGUUCGAGUACAGUUUCGCAACAGCGAAGGUCAUAGUUUUUACAUCUAUUUCCAAGGUGUAUUGCAGAUUAACGACAAGUGGAUGGAAGUCUUUACUGGAGGCCCAAAGGCCCGAACACUUGAGUUUGGAGAGAACUACUGGUUGAGUGCACCUGUUUUGGAAACUAGCCACCCUGAUUUCAAAUGGGUUGAGCGAUCUGAGUUUGUGGGUGAACUUCGAUGGUUUAUUGAUGAGGACGGGUCAGUUGCGGUGGAGAAUGCUAUUUACAAGGUUCUUCCAAGCAUAUUCAAGUGUCAGCAAGGGCUCAAAAGCAGUCAAAAGACACCCGCCGCAAAUUGCUUGGUGCGUCUAACAGAUGAUUCUUGCGCAUUGCGAAGCACCAUACUGCUGGCCGGGAUGCACUUUUGCUUCCAGAAUGGCAACUUGGCGUCUUUUGAAUCAACAUUUUUAUACCACAAGGUUGAAGUAAUGCGUUACAUCAACAAAUGGAUUGCAUCCAACAACCAUAAACACGACACCACCAUCUUCAGGCAGAUGGUAACCCUGGCUUUUACAGAGGUUUGUACUGGUGAGGUUCUGGGAGCUGAGGCUCAUGCCAGUGGCCUUCUCGCAAUCAUCGAAAAUGCAGCAGCUAGAGACAAGAAAGAGAAUCCAGAUAUCUCGAACUUCAAAACACCUGAACAAGAACUAGCGAACCGUUACUUCAUCAUGGCAUAUACUUAUAUAUGUGGCCUCAAAAGCCUCCUCGGCGGCGUUUGUCGUCUUGGGGGUUUCGACGAUGCCCGUAUCGAAGACUUUUCAGCCAAGGAACUAGUCGAAAUGUCUUACAUAUGGCACAAGGGCGAGGCAUCACAAUCCUGGGCUUUGAAGCUCCAGGCCCUUCGAUUACUGCCUUUCUUUUUAACACCUCUGCCUGAAGGUGCGAUAUUGACCUAUGCCGACGGGCGCGAAAUAAUUCAAACCCUACGGGAAUUCACGACAGCGACGGGGAUCGACCCUUCAUCUACGUGUGUAUGUACUGAUCCUCCGGACAAAAUAUUUGACAGUUUUUGGAGACGAGGCCCCGCCUCGAGGUUAUUAGGAGAGUGCGUUCUCGCCCAUGUCGAAACUAUAUCUGUCAAGAAAAAAAGGUCUCAAGGGCUUGGACGGCCUGGCACAUCUUUCGAAGGUCCAUGGUGUGCGCUCGUAACUUCGGCUAUCAUAUACGGGCAGGCUAUCCUCGGUGCACUGGAACCGGUUGACAAACGUAUGCACAAGUAUACCAUUACCUUGUUCCACCACGAUAUGCUUUCGUAUCUCGAUGAAAGUCGGGGGUCAACUGACCCUGGAUUUAUCCUUUGGUUGCUGAUACUCGGUUUGAUCGGUUGCCAUACUUACCCGAAGGGUGAGAAGGAUCAAACACCCCAUCCCAGUUUCCUGUUCUUCCAGAUGGCUGUUGGGCGACAAGCCAAGGAAAUGGAUAUUUCGUCUUGGUCAGAAGCAAAUUCUGUACUAGCUAAAGUGGUAUGGCCCAGUAAAAAUGACGGAUUCGAGUUCGUUGAGGACCUCUGGAAUGAGGCUUUUUCUUUGCGACCCGGGAUCUAG